AUCGCAAAAUUGUCCUACUUAGGCUCAUAGCCGUGCUUCUAUUUAUUAUCUUACCUCAUACUUACAGAGAGCUUGAGGUCAUCACACUUGUUGGAUGAGAGCUCGCUUUUCAUUUGAAAUCCACAAACUCUUCAAACGUCGCCGGUGAACCGCAUAGUCAUUCUCAUCAAUCAACCAACUUGUACGCAACAACCAUAAUGGAUCGAACGGGUCUUCAAGGAUACAGCUACCAGUCUUACCCAAUAGUUACUACCGGGCCACCGGCAGCAGAUAUGACCGCUACCUCGAUAUUCACAUUACAUCAGGGAACAAGCAGUGCUUUCAGUCCCAGUGCGCAUCCUAAUGAAGAUUGGACCAAGAUUUCAGAUCUAGCAGAAAGACGUCGGAUUCAGAAUCGAAUUGCUCAGCGUAACUACCGCAAGAGAUUAAAGCGCCGCCUAGAGGAUCUUGAGCGUAGAGCUGCAUCAACUUCCACAUCUCCCGAACCGUCGCAAGCAGAGACGACCCAAGAAUCCAAGUCUGCGACUAAAAGGCCUCAGGCCCCCAAGGCCAACAGUACCACGACUCGCAAAAAGAGAUUGUCAGCGGCAGAAUCAAAGAAUAAGAGCUGGAAUUUAUCUCAUAGUCCGUUUCCGCUGCAACAAUCUCAGACAUACGGCACCAUGUCCGAAGAGCGCGGCGUUAGCAGUAGCGUUUAUACCGACCAACUCAACUCGCCACAAAUACCUGCUUCAUCACCACCUGAUUCAUUCUUCUACCCACCAUAUCCUUCUUAUCAAGAGGUAUAUGAUCAUAACAGCUCUUACCAAUCGCCGCAACCCCUUCAUGCAUUUCCGACCAUUCCGCAAUCUCACUAUGGAGAAUUUGCGGGGCAAGGGACUUCUCAGCAGCCGUUAGGUCAUUUGAGCCAACAUCCGUUAGCUUCCAACCUACAACCUGUUAAGCAGAUGAAUGCUUUCUCUGAGGAGCAGGACCUCAACCCUCUGUACGUCAACUACGUUUCACUCAGCGGUCUAGAGGCACCACUUCACCAACCUCAAUAUAACCAGCAAUCGCAGACACCGCCACUUACCAAUACCUACCCAGACAGGUACUCCACGUCAACCUCCUCCAUCGGGUCGCUCAGCGAACACUUUCCGUUGACUCUAGAGCAUGCAAUUUCGUCUCCGAGUCAUAUAACUAUUCAUUGAGAAUUUAUAUUAUCCGCUAGAGAUACGGCACGUUAGUAGAAAAAAGUGAUCAACCUGCAUUAAAUGGCGUUAUUACCUUAGAGGGUUCCAGGUUAAGAGCGGAGAUUGUGCUUCUAGUAUUGAUAUAUGUUUGAGGAGACUACGGGAACAACGAACACGUUAUAGAGUAAGCUUCCUGUAUUAUUCAAUGACUGAAACUGUCUAUAUACAUCAAGUUGGCGUUUUUUGUAC